CGUGCCGAGCCGAGCCACCGAGCCGUGCCGGGGGGGACCGUGCGGGGUGGGAGAAAGUCCAUGUGAGCUCGCAGCCCAGCCCCGGCCCGGCCCAGCCCGGCCCGGACAGGACCAGCCAGGACCGGCCCGGCCCGGCCCGGCCCGGACGGACAGUUGCCGGCCCCGCCGGCCGGACAGAAGCACGGACAGAAGGACGGACAGAAGGACGGACCGGUGUGCAGACGGCAGGGGGGGAAGGGGCCGCCCCCGCUGCUCCUGCUGCUGCUGCUGCAAACCUGCUGCUGCUGCUGCUGCUGCUGCAAACCUGCUCCUCCUCCUCCUCCUCCUGCUGCUGCUGCUGCUGCUGCUGCAGGCCCCGGCGCUGCUCCCCGCAGGCUGGUGGAAGCACGUGGUCCAUUGAGGCUGCCGGUAUCAGAAGGUGAGGCUAGCGCAGUCAAAUGUGGAAGAAGGAACCCCACCAGGAAAAAGGAUCCCUGCCUUCUGGAAAGCCGGUCUGUUGCAGAAGAAUUUGUUUGAUGUGCCCUACUUCGGAGGCUUCUGUGUUGAAUGUCUAAGGUGCUCCAGCUAAGCCCUAGCCAUGUCGCAGAUGUUGCACAUAGAAAUCCCCAACUUUGGGAACACCGUCCUGGGCUGCCUGAACGAACAGAGGUUGCUGGGACUGUACUGUGAUGUCUCCAUCGUGGUCAAAGGUCAAGCCUUCAAGGCCCACCGGGCAGUGCUGGCAGCGAGCAGCCUGUACUUCCGAGACCUGUUCAGCGGGAACAGCAAGAGCGCGUUUGAGCUUCCGGGGACGGUGCCCCCGGCCUGCUUCCAGCAGAUCCUGUCGUUCUGUUAUACCGGGAAGCUCACCAUGGCCGCCAGCGAACAGCUCGUGGUGAUGUACACGGCCGGCUUCCUGCAGAUCCAGCACAUCGUGGAGAGGGGCACAGACCUCAUGUUCAAAGUGAGCUCCCCUCACUGCGACUCUCAGACCGCCAUGAUCGAGGACGCCAGCUCGGAGCCCCAGAGUCCCUGCAACCAGCUCCAGUCGGCCUCUGGGCCCUACGUCAUGUCUCCCUCCAUGCCCAUCCCACUCCUCACUCGGGUGAAGCAUGAGACCCUGGAGCUCCAGCCCGCUGUCGCUGCCACCGGCCCAGGCCUCCCCACCAAGCGGCCCCUGGAGGCUGGGGCCCGCGACGGUCCCGGGCCCGGCGCCUCCAAUGCGGCCACGGCAGCCCCCCUGAAGCUGUCGCGCGUCUCCUACUACGGGAUGCCCAAUUUGGCCACCCUCAUCCCCAACAUCCAGCAGGUGCAGUAUUCCCAGGGCGAGCGGACCAGCCCUGGGGCCAGCAGCCUCCCCACCACCGACAGCCCCACGUCCUACCACAACGAGGAGGACGAGGAGGACGACGAGGCCUACGACACCAUGGUCGAGGAGCAGUACGGCCAGAUGUACAUCAAGUCCACGGGGGGAUACUCAGUACAAGAAAAACCAGAGCAGAUUCCUUUAGAGAGCCGGUCCUGUGUGCUGAUUCGGAGAGACCUGGUGGCCCUGCCAGCAAGUCUCAUCAGCCAGAUCGGCUACCGCUGCCACCCCAAGCUCUACUCUGAGGGAGACCCUGGAGAGAAGCUAGAAUUGGUUGCAGGUUCAGGUGUCUACAUCACCCGGGGCCAACUGAUGAACUGUCACCUCUGUGCUGGGGUGAAGCACAAAGUUUUACUGAGGCGUCUUCUGGCUACAUUCUUUGACCGGAACACCCUGGCCAACAGCUGUGGUACUGGAAUCCGUUCCUCCACCAGUGAUCCCAGUCGGAAACCCUUGGAUAGCCGAGUCCUAAAUGCCGUGAAAUUAUAUUGCCAGAAUUUUGCCCCGAGCUUUAAGGAGAGCGAGAUGAAUGUCAUCGCCGCCGACAUGUGCACCAACGCCCGAAGGGUCCGCAAGCGCUGGCUCCCUAAGAUCAAGUCCAUGCUCCCGGAGGGCAUGGAAAUGUACCGCACCGUCAUGGGCGCCACCACGACCAACGUCCCCCUGGAUCCCGAAUUUCAGCCCACCACUGCUCAGGUCUUUGAGCAGCGCAUCUAUGCAGAGCGGAGGAGCGACGCCGGCACCAUUGUGGCUCUGAGAACUAACGCAGUCAAUGUAGACCUGAGCAACGGGGCCAACCCGCCGUUUGAACAGAGCGAGGAGGUGGAGGGGGCCGGCGGCACCGUCAUCCAGGAGGUCGCCGGCCCCGAGCCCCUGCCCUCGGAUACCCAAAGCCCUCCACAGCCUUUCGAACAAGGUUCGGCCAACACGAGCAGGCCAGAAACACCGGUGAGGAGACAAGACGGUACUUACGGAGGGACUUUGUAAGGAUCUUUAAAGAAAAGAAGAGAGAGAGAAAGAGAGCGAGAGAGAGAGAGCGAGAGAGAGAGAGCGAGAGAGAACGAGAACACGUUGUGACUUAUAAGGGAUCUAAAUACUAAAGCUGCUUGCAUGCAUUACUAAUACAAAAAAAUGUGAUCAAUCCACUUACCUACUGAACUGCUACUGUUGCCUGAAAAAAAUGUGAUUUUUAUUCUGCUUGUAUUUAAAAAUUUAUGAAGGAAAUAAUCGCAUUCGUUAUACUGUAAAUGAUUAGGUCAACGGCGACCUAUAAAGAAAAAGUUACUGGGCUCCUUUUUGAUAUUCCUGAGGUUAGUCUUAAAACUUGUAGCUUUUUUUUUUCUCCUUUUAAAAAGCAGGGCGAGAGAGAGGAGUAGUGAUUCUGUCUCUCUUUCUCCCUGGCCUUGUCCAUCACCAUGUCCUCUUCAGAUCAAAAGUAACCAUUGUUAACUACUUCCUCAGCAGAAAGUUUUACGUCACUUGAGAGAAAAGUAUCAUUUCAGUGGUGUUCCUGACACUGGCUGUUCCGCGGCUGUUAGAGGCGAUUCAACCCUUUAGGGCCCCUGAGUUUUGAGCUUGAGGGCGGUUGGAUGCAGUGCCACUGUAGAGGUGGGGAAGGGGCUCUAGGGAGCCUUCUCCAAGCAUGCUUUGGGUUUUCUUUCUUGUCAAACUGCUCCCGCCGCAGUUCCUGCCGCCCAUCUUCGUGGAGAGGGGAACCGUCAGAGCUGCCUUGGUGAAAUCCCCCAUUGCCGUGAUGACUUCUAAGAUACUGGCAUGCCCUUCUCUCCCCGUUUCAGCCCUCUCCAGCCCCCAUCUCUUUUCCCCUUUGGUCAGGGGCAAGCUUCCCGCCUCAUCUUCCGAGGGAAAGUGGCGAUGCUGAGAGCAGAGCAGCUUUUCUGUCAGUCAUGUUACAAAGCAGAAAUCAGCUGUAAUGAAUGCCCAGCCUUUGCCCCACCUAGAGAUUAACUUGAACAGCAGGCUUGGAGGGAAGUGGCUAAACUCUGAGGUGGGCUGUUUCUCCAGUUCUAACUGGAACAGGCUCAGAUGACGUUCCUCUUUCUUCCUGCUAACGAGUGAGUGAAAGUGAAACCCCAGUUCAUUCCUUUUUCUCUGUCCCAUUCUGUCUCACUCUUUCUUCCCCUCUCUUUCUCUCUUUCUCUCCCCCUCUCUCUCUCUCUUUCUCCAUUUACAGAAUUUUUCUUGACUGUGCCAUAAGCUUUGGGUCUCUGAAGGAGCUUUAAAGGGGAGGAAUUCUUCUUCUUCCCAUCCUUCACCCCAGUGAACCAAAUCAUUGCAAACCAAGCACAGUCUUGCUGGUCAGACUGUGCCGGUCAUUCUUGGGGAAGGGGGCAGUUGUCUGGAUCUCGUUUCUCUUCCUUUCCCUCCGUUGUCCCCCACCCGAGACAACCCACCCCAUUUCCCAAUUUGAGACAUUUGGGAGAACGGAAAUCUCGCCUCACAUUGGUCGAAAAAGAUAUUCCUGAAAUCUCAGCUGUUGUGUGGUUUGGCCAAAACCAAGAUCCCUGGUUUCUCUGGCCACUAGCACCACUCUAGCAGCACAGUCUUAGAGGGCUGUGAUGGGAGCACAUGAAAGGAAGAGAGGGAGAAAGUUGGAUGAGAGGCGUAUGGGUGGGGUGUCUUCUACUGCUGCCUGGUUUCCGAUGGGGCUCCCGCCAUUGGCAUCUGUUCCAUUGGUGCCCUCAGGCAAUCAGCAUAGUGGUGCAGCAGCAAGCCCAGAGCGGCACGUCUUGGGGUGAGAUCCUUGAGUUCAGGGCAGACUGGGAUGCGGAUAGGGACCUGUGCCCAAAGGGACAGAGGUCGAGAGUCAGCCGAAGUCAGGGACUGGGGAGUGUAGAGCUGGAUUGAGAAUCUCGUUCGGAGAGGACAAUAGCCCAUUGAAGCCAAACCUUCCAAAAAGUGACAGUAAGCCUUUCCCUCAAAGACAGCCCUAUCGGGGAAUUUUGGAUGGUUUAGAGAAGCCUGUCUGAUGUGCACUAUAGAAAUUGUAUUUCUCCAUUGUGUGCUUUACUUAAGACUUUUAUUUGAAAAAUUUUACUCUAUUUUAUAUUCUGUUGUACUACUAAUUGAGGAAGGGAUGGCGAGUUGAAGUAGCCUGGUGGAAGCCAGUCCAGGAAUUUUGAAGUGAAUAACAGGAAGAUUGUGGUGUAUGUUAAAAAAGGGAAAUGCCAGGUGCUUGCUGGUGUGAAAAGGGUGCUUAAUACUGUAGAGUUUGGAAUGCUUUAAAGUUCAAAGCAUAGCCAUUGGAAGGGGAGCGACUGAGAAGGUGUCGGGAAAGGCCAACUUGAGGCUCAUUUUAAUUUUGUGCUUUCAAAAUUAGUGAUGGUAAAUUAGAUGAUGAAGAGUGCCCUAAAAGGGUCAUGUAAAAAAAAAAAGCCCCCAUUUUGUUUUUCAAGUUUCUGAAUUCUCAACACAUUGGGAUGGGGAAUGUGUUUGAUUUCCAAACUGUCUCCAUUUUGUCCCCCUAUACUGGAAAGAAAUGUUGGCAUCAUCGUUAGAAUUACUGACUUCUUUUCCCCUCCCACUCUCCAAACUCAUUCCUCUUGGCCCUUGCUUAAAAAAUAUUAGUAAUUUUUUUUUAAAUCCAAGGAAACUCCCACCCAUGCAGCCCUCCCCCAUCCUUCUCCAUUUUGAACAGCGUUGAGGUCGACAGGAUUUCAGUCAAGAGGCUGUUUUGCCUCGCAGCCUCGAGUUCAGUUCUGCAGAGCUGGGACUCCACUGUUCAUGGGCUGGUGACCUCUUACCCUCUCCCUGCUCUUUCCCGCUGAUGUCAUUUCCUCAAAUUGGCUCAAGAACCAAGACUGGCAUCACCACCCACCUAAGGGCCCCUCCUGUCAGAUCCCCUUACAGACCCACAAGCAAAAGAUAAACACCCCCACAAGGAUUUAGCCAACAGAAAAGCAGAUCUUUCCCGACCUUGUCAAAAUAUUUUAUUUUCAUUUUAAACAAAUUUUCCAUCCGCCCCCCCCCGUCCACCCCCCGCCUUGCCUAUAAACAGAAUUCUUUCCACUGCCCCCUUCUUGGGUAGGAUGUUGAAGGAAAAGCUAAAAUCCUAAUAAACCAAGUGUUGGCAUGAUAGUGUUGCUGUGGCCACCCUUGUCGGCCUACCCUUGAGGGGUCAGGAUUCCAUCAUCUACCCUAGGGGAAAAGAGGGUCGAGAAGGCCUCCCGGGGAAGAGGAUACUGCAGUACCUGGGGCACAGGACGAGGGAUGGAGAUUGAGACUUGGUGUGUGGUUAAGAUGUGUUGAGGCUAAUGACGAGGUGUCGAAGCUGGCCAUUCAGACCGAUGAAUCGGUCACCUCACUGCUGUACUUUUAGGAAGGGGUCAUUCGUUUGGGGGUUUUUGGCCUAAGAAACACAGAUAACGUACUAAUGAACACCUGACCUGGCCAGAGCCAUAGCAGCAGAAGAGAGAUGAGGCACAAGGCAGUUGUGAGGUCAGUCGUCAUGAUUUGGGGCUGCGUUCCCACAGGGAAACCCAUGAGGCCCCAUGCUUUUUGACACUGGAUUGGGACCCAUCUCCUCCUCCCCUCUCCUCCCCUCACCGAGAGCUGGGUGUGGAGAUCGUAGAGCACCUUUGGGUGUGGUUGGGAGCUAGCAUGGGUGGAUGUGGGCCCGGCUGCAGCCCACCGGGAUGGCCAAAGCAGACCUCCAGCUCUUUUGGUUCCCCCCCCCGGGUGACCAGGAUCCAGCGGGCUGGUGAAUCUGAACUUACCAUGGCUUUCCUCACUGCCCCGAGGGAGGAUGGUAGACAGAGGAUGGAGGGGAUGCCCUGUAGUGAGCAGAAUCUUUAUCACGUGAAAAUGGUCCAGCUGCUCCUCCAAACUAAAAGAUUUCCCACCCUCUCCCUCCUCCACCCAAUUUGGGCCAACGAGCUGGAACCGGGAGUUCCGAGUUGGCCUUGGAUCGGAGCGGGCCCAGAUCCACACCUCUGGGGCAACAGGGACCCAGGCCCAUGGUCUUCAUCUGAGUGAGAGGGGCUGGGGCAUCUGAAGGGCUGGUCUGGUUGCACGAGGUGAAAAUAGAUCUAUUUUUAUACUUAGCACAACUUUCCUGGGGUGUUUAUGCGUCUGGGGGCGGGGGGGAGGGGAUUGUGUUCUUUGUGGUUUUAUUCUUGUUUUAUUUUGUUUUUACUUUUUUUGUUGGUGUUUUUGGGUUAGGAAGGCAAGAUCUGUAGGUAAAACUUUAAAAAAAAAAUGUGAAUGGUCCUGAGCUUUUCCUUUUCUCUCGGGAAAGGGGGGAGCAUUUUGCACUAAUGUUUCCUGUGUGUGGAGGAUUAAUGAUAUGUUUGAAAAUGUAUAUGGAUGAUGAUUGUAUCCUUUAAGGAAAACAAUGAAUCCCUUAAGAUACUGAAUGUAAAGUGAACAUGAAGCAGUCCUUGGCGUUUUAAUGGGGCUUUCCUGAGUGCCUUAGAGUUUUUUGAUCCAUUUUUCCCAAGGAAAACAGAUCCAGAAAAUCAGACCAUGUCCCCCCUCUCCUUCUUUGUUUACGACACUAUUAAUGAUUGAAAUUUGGGGCUGCUUUGUCAUGUUAGUGUGAAAUUGCAUUCAUCUAGAUGCGGUAGAGCAAAGAUCUCAGUAUUUAUGACAUGUCUGCACCUUUAUUCUUAUGCUUGACUAUUAGCAAUAUGCAUAUAAAUAUAUAUUAUAUAAUAUAUCUAAAUUAUAUCAAGCACCUUUUCAAAAAAAAAAAGAAAACUGAACAGAGUGUGAGCUGAAGUUACACGCAGCUGCCGUAGUGUAGAACUAAACCUUCCUCCGGGUGCCAAAAUGGCAAAAGCCCAGAACCCUGGUUCCGAUUCUGGAUGUGCUUUAUGAUCGUGGCAUCGGGAUGCUUUUCUUUCCAUCCAUCGCGUGUCGGAUACUGUGUGAUUCCAGUUUAACCGAGGACUGUAGAAGACGACCGACGAAGGCCCGCUCCACUAGUGAGAGGCACGAACGACUAAGAAUAAAAGAAAUGUCGCUGACUGUGUGUCAAGACCCAAGGUGCGUUGGGUAGCUCUGUACUUGAAAUCUCUGUAGUUUUCUUAACUGUUGCUAAUCUCACCUGGAAACGUUUCAGUGACCCUCCCCCUCCCCACCAUCCCCUUGACUGCCACGGAGUCUGAGACAGCACGGGUGAGCAAAGGGGGUUGUUGGAGUUUUAUUUUAUUGAAUGAGCCUGUGAUGGUGUGUGUCUGAGACGUCCUCGUUGAGACUUCUGGGCUCUGAAGGAAGACAGCUCUUUGAGGCUCAUGUAUACGUGUGGUCUUGAAGCACGCUCAAUACAAACGUGGGCCUCGCCACCCUUUCCAACGGUGUGUUCCACUGAUCAUCUCCAAAUGUUUCGAUUCUGAAAGCCUGGAAUGGAAUAAAGGAUAAAGAACCUGGCUUGCCGUGCCAUAACAACUUAGCUGUGUUUUGUUUUUCAUUUUUCUUCGGGGGGGACCUUCUCUGGGAGGAAUGUCUUACACUGGGAAAGAGACCCCGGGUGUGGGCCCGGGCCCCCUCUGGAGGGGAGGGUGGAGGUUGGGAACUGGGGAUGUGUCCUGCAUCCAGGAUCCUCUUUCGAGGUGUCUUAACUGUUAGUGAGUAGUGAUCUGACUUGUGACUAGCGGGAGUUUCUGGGAACGAUCCUUAGAUCUCCCCUAUCUCCCUCCCCAUAGGAGUUUCAACCAGGCACUGGGGUCUCUUGGCUCUGUGCCGAUUAGUUGGUCAUACCCGUCUGGCCUGGGGGAGGGAGUCCAUCAACCCAUGAUGGAGAAAUUCAGGGUCAAGCAGCGGUGUCAUCUAAUCCUGCCUUCCUCAGACAGCCCCCACACUGGAACUGCGCCCUCUUUGUAACACAUGUCUACGGGACCAUGACAUUCUAGACAUGCUUUCUGUAAGGGACGAACGGAUCUCCCCAGUCAUUUUACUGCUAAGCUUUUGUUCAGAUUGCUUAUUUUUAUGGAAAUAUCUUGCUGCAAGUGAGAAGGGUCCAUGGCCCAUUAACCAACUGAAACUAGAGACAGCCCCUGCAUAGGUCUGCUGGCAGUAAAUUCUAAACACGAAAUUGAGAGUUCAUAGCUGUCUUGGGCUUUAACUACUGUUUCAAAAUGUUCCUGCUGUAUAAAUUCAUCCUGAUGUCAGGAAGCAAGCUCGUGGUGUGUAGAUCACCAUACCAGAGAUAUUUGGGGCUUGUUACAAGAUGUUUCUAAAAGUAAAAAAGUGCUUUUUUUGGUUAGUUUAUUUUUUAAUCAAAAAAAGAAAAAGAGAAGAACUUUAAGUCUCAAGCACUCAAAUUGGAAAAGCUUGCCGUGUUUCUGAUCAAUCUCUUCCAUUGUUAGCAUUUUGCACAUGAUUGUGGUUUUUAUGUCAAAAAAAGCCAAAACUUGCAAUACUAUUUUUAGCAGACAAAAGAAAAAAAAACUAAGUAUAAAUGUAUAAAUAUUUUUGACUUGAACAUUUGGAUGGCACUUGAUUCAAAUAGAACAUUAAUCCUUUGGACAGAAUGUUUGGAAAUAAGAGACAUUAAAGUAUAAGGUUGUUUUUAAAGAGUCUGUUUAGGGUAUUAAGUAGUACUGUAAUUCAUGACUGUUAAAAAAAAAAAAAAGAUGAGAAAAAUUGCUCCUGUGCUGUUAGAAAGAUUUCACAGUACCACUGAGUUAUGUUUCAGCCACAAAAGUUGCUAGCUUUUUAAAAAUGUUUUGGAUUUUGUUUUUGUGUAUUAUUCACUAGUAUUUAUGUGCUGUUACUCUGUAUAGUUAAGACUGUUAUUUUAUAGCCAUGGCUGACACACUAUAUCAGUAACUAGAAAAGAAAAACAACAAAAAACCUACAAACCCCCAAGAGUUUGAAGUGUGCUCAUAGCUGUUUUCAUAUGAUGAAAAAUCCAUUAAAAAUGAUGUGAUCAUUAAUUGUAAAACGCUUUGUAAAAUUCACAUUUACAAAUAAUAAAGUAAACUCAAAUUAAAGCUUU